CCCUUCCAAAACCCCAUUUUUUUUCUUCGCCAAAAAUUCUCUCUUCACUUAAAAGAGAGAAAAAAAUUGACCAAAAAAAAAAGAGGGGAAAAAACCCUUAAACCCUCCUUCUUGUAAGUUAAAUCUCUCAUCUCUCUCAAUCUCUCCGCUCAAUUCUCGACGAAGGGCUCGACAGUUGGAGCAAACAAAGAUAAUUUUUUUGAAGAUUGUAAAAGAAAGAUGGAAGAAAAUGUUAUUUCUCCUGUCAUAUCAGAUGGAAUUGCUCGUGCUAUCAAGUUUAGCAUUGCAACAGCUGAGGAAGUUUGUAAAUAUUCCAUAAAUGAUUGCCCAAUUUCUCAUCCGUCCCAGCUGACAAAUCCUUUCCUUGGCUUGCCAUUGGAAUCUGGCAAGUGUGAAUCUUGUGGGACCGCUGAAAGUGGGAAUUGUGAAGGUCAUUUUGGUUAUAUUGAGUUACCAGUUCCAGUAUAUCACCCUUUACACAUUAGUGAGCUAAGAGAUAUUCUAAGCCUUGUGUGUUUCCACUGCAUGAGGACAAAGAAGGGAAAGAUAAAAGACAAGGCUGGGAAAUCAAGUAACUCUGCUGCUACUUCAUGUUCACAUUGUCGGGACAUUCCUCCCAUCUCAAUUAAAGAGGUCAAGACAUCAGAUGGUGCAGUUUGCUUGCAAUUAACUGUGUCAUCUAAACUAAGGCUGAGAGAGGGAUUCUGGAACUUCUUAUCAAAAUAUGGUUUUCGUCACGGUGAUGGAACCUGCCGCACUUUGCUUCCCUUGGAGGCUCUUAACAUAUUGAAAGAGAUCCCUGAAGAAACCAAAAAAAGACUGGUAGCGAAGGGAUAUUUUCCUCAGGAUGGAUACAUUUUGCAGUACCUUCCAGUUCCACCAAACUGCUUACUGGUACCUGAAAUUUCAGAUGGAAAAAGUGUCAUGUCUUCUGAUAUUUCUAUUUCCCUGCUCAAAAGAGUUCUCAGCAAGAUUGAACUGAUCAAGCGUUCCAGAUCAGGUUCUCCUAAUUUUGAAUCUCAUGAGGUUGAAUGCAAUGACUUGCAGUUAGUAAUUGCAGAAUAUAUGCACCUCAGGGGUUCAGCGAAGGCCCCUCAUGAUGUCAGCAAGAAGUUGGUAUUGGGUCCUGAUGCUGGCAAAAAUUCUUCCAAGCAAUGGCUAGAGAAAAUUAGAACCUUAUUUAUUAGUAAGGGCUCAGGUUUCUCCUCACGUAGUGUAAUUACUGGCGAUUCGUAUAUUGGGAUUAAUGAAAUUGGUUUGCCUUCUGAAAUUGCUAAGAAGGUUACAUUUGAAGAGAGGGUCACAGCUCAUAAUCUCGAGCGUUUGCAGAAAAUGGUUAAUGAUGGACUUUGUGUGACCUAUAGAGACGGCAAAUCUACUUAUGCAAUAGCUGUUGGUUCUAAAGCGCACACAAUCCUUAAAGUCGGGCAGGUUAUAAGCCGAAGUAUCGUGGAUGGCGAUAUAGUUUUCAUCAAUAGGCCACCAAGUACUCACAAGCACUCUCUGCAAGCUUUCACUGUCUAUGUCCAUGAUGACCACACAGUCAAAAUCAACCCCCUUGUGUGUGCUCCGCUCGGGGCCGAUUUUGAUGGCGACUGUGUACACAUAUUCUAUCCCCAGUCACUUGCUGCAAAGGCUGAAGUUGUGGAAUUAUUUAGUGUUGACCAACAGUUACUAAGUUCUCACAGUGGGCAGUUAAACUUUCAAUUGGUUAGCGAUUCUCUGUUGUCACUAAAACUCAUGGCUAAUUCAUCUUUUUUGAGAAAAGAGAAAGCACAGCAGUUGGGUAUGUUUGUUUCGCCAGUGUUACCACCUCCUGCUGUAUUUCGAGCUUGUGGUUCUGGGUCUCUCUGGACCAUAUAUCAAAUUUUGCAGUCUGCUUUGCCACCUUCUGUUGACUGUACGGGCCAAAGACAUGUAAUCAAUCAGAGUGAAAUUCUGAAAUUUGAGUUUAAUAGGGACUUUCUGCAGUCAUCACUGACUGACAUCAUUACUUCCAUAUUAGUUGCAAAGGGUCCUAAGGCUGCUCUUAACUUUUUUAAUUCACUGCAACCACUUUUGAUGGAGGUGUUGCAGUUAGAAGGGUUUAGCGUUAGUCUGCAGGAUUUUUACAUUCCAAAUCCCGUCCUGAGAGAGGUUAAAGAUGGCAUCCAAGAUAUUGCAUCUUUUGUGCCACAGUUGCGCAUGUCAUAUGAUGAGCUCCUAGGAUUGCAAGUUGAGAAAGACUUGAAUCGUCUUAAAAUACCAAUUGUUGCAUUCAUUUUACAUUCUUCUUCUCUUGGGUAUGUGAUCGAUUCAAAAAGUGAAUCCUCGAUCAGUAAGGUUCUUCAACAGAUAGGUUUUUUGGGCCUUCAACUCUUUGUUAAAGGAAAGUUGUAUUCAAAGGCAUUGGUUGAGGAUAUCCAUCACCUAUUCGUAAGUAGAUUCUCAACAACAGAUGUUAGCCCAUCAUCUGAGGCACAUGGGCUUGUCAAGAAUCCACUCUUUCAUGGUCUCAAUCCAUUUGAAGAUUUUGUCCAUUCAAUCUCUGCAAGGGAGGUUAUUAUUCGAUCCUCCCGUGGGCUGACUGAACCGGGAGUUCUAUUUAAAAAUUUAAUGGCCAUCCUUAGAGAUGUUGUCAUUUGUUAUGACGGAACAGUAAGAAAUGUCUGUAGUAACUCAAUAAUUCAAUUAGCAUAUGAGUUAGAUGAAGCCAGAGCAGAGUGCGUUGCAACUGCUGGUGAACCAGUUGGUGUUUUGGCUGCAACGGCCAUCUCAAACCCGGCUUACAAGGCUGUGCUGGAUUCAUCCUCGAGUACAAAUUCAUCAUGGGAACUAAUGAAGGAAAUACUGCUCUGUAAAGCAGCUUAUCAAAAUGCUUUUAUUGACCGACGUAUCGUUCUAUAUUUGAAUGAUUGCUGCUGCGGAAAGAAGUUUUGCAGAGAAAAUUCAGCACUUGCAGUCCAGAAUUGCUUGAGAAGCGUAACCCUUAAGCAUUGUGCGAUUGACUUCUCCAUUGAGUACCAAAAGCAGAUAUGUUUACCUAACUCAGCAACUGUUUCAGGCCUUGUUGGUCAUCUUCACCUUGAUACGACAAGAUUGAAGAUUUUGAACCAAAACACUGACGGAGUACUUCACAAGUGUCAAGAAGUUAUACGUGGCCACACAAGGAAAAAGGGUCAUCUUUCCAAUAUCUUGAGGAGAACAUUUUUGUCGGCAAGUGAAGAUUGCAGCUCCCUGCAGUCAAAUGAUGCAAAUUUAUCUGAGUUCCCAUGUCUUCAGUUCUCUUACUGUGCUGGGGGUGUUGAUGAAACCCUUCAACAAGGAAUGCACAUUAUGAUCAACACUAUCUGUCCUAUUUUAUUAGAUACAAUUAUUAAAGGUGAUCCUCGAAUAGACACUGUUAACAUCAUCUGGUCUGGACCAGAUUCUACUUCCUGGGUGAGCAACCCAGACAAUCCCGUACGGGGCGAAUUAGCCUUAGAAGUUGUUGUUCAGAAAGUUGCAGCUAAGAAAAAUGGUGAUGCAUGGCGGAUAGUAUUAGAUGCAUGCUUACCGGUAAUACACCUUAUCAACACUACACGCUCUAUUCCUUACGGAAUCCAACAAAUCAAAGAAAUUUUUGGGAUCUCUUGUGCAUUUGACCAAUCUGUUCAGCGCCUAUCGAAGUCUAUAAGAAUGGUUUCAAAGGGAGUCAUAAAGGAGCAUCUGGUACUUGUAGGCAAUAACAUGACAUGUACAGGGAAUCUCAUUGGUUUCAACACAAGUGGCUUCAAAUCAUUGUUUCGGUCUCUCAAAGUUCAAGUGCCUUUUACAGAAGCGACUUUGCUUACGCCAAUGAAGUGUUUUGAGAAAGCUGCAGAGAAAUGUCACACGGAUUCAUUAGGCAGCAUAGUCUCUUCAGUUUCCUGGGGUAAACAUGUUGCAGUUGGCACUGGAACUCACUUUGAAGUUAUAUGGGGUCACAAAAACCAGGUGGCAUGUAAUGAAGAUGUGGGGAAAGACGUGUAUGAUCUUUUGGCAUGGGUUAGGGAGCCUCAAGAAAGGGAUUUACCUGGUGCUUGCUUGGGAAGUGAUAUCGACGACUUCUUGGAUGAUUUCCAAGGCGAUGACAUGCCCUUGUCCCCAGAGCCUAACAAUAUCUGUGAGAAGCCAACCUUUGAAGAUUAUGUUGAAACUGAGAGCAGAGGUAACGACAGCUGGCAAGAAUGGGGAAGAACAGGCAAACCUUCUUCAAGCUGGGAUAAUGCCAAAACUGUUACUGAGUCAGAUACUUGGUCGGCAUGGGAUAACAAAGCCAAGCCUUCGGCAGAUACUGGCAAUAAAUCAAGCUGGGAGUUCUCACCAAAAGUUGCUGAGGCAGAGAACAGAAAUAAAACAAGCUGGGAUAAUGGCAAGAAUACUGUUACCAAGUCAGAUGACUGGUCCUCAUGGGAAAACAAAGCCAAGCCUUCAACAAACACCAGUAAUAAAACAAGCUGGCAGGUUUCGCCAAAAGUUGUUGGGGCAGACAUCUGGCAAGGACGUGAAAGUAGAGAUCAACAUGCUCCAGAUUCUUCCGAAAUUCCUACAUCUAAAUCUGAUGAUUGGUCAAGUUGGGAUAAUGCAAAACCGCAUCAUCCAAAUCAGUCAGCACAGUUGAACAAGGGGGUGGGAGGAUGGGAUGUGAAGAAAUCUCGGGCUGAGAGCUCUUCAGGGUGGCAGCCAAGCUCUCAAAAGAAACCAUGGGCAGCUGAAGCAAACGAGUCAUGGACACCAAGGAAACCCGAGACUCAAAGCUCUUUGCCUUGGGAAGAGAACUCUAAUUCACAGUGGAAGAAGAGCAAAGCAAGUGGGUCAUCCUGGACAGCAAAGAAGCCACAGCUUGAGAUCUCUUUAGGACAGCACGAAAACAUUGAGAACAAUGCCUGGCAGGCAAGCUCUGAAAAGAAAAUAUGGACAGAUAAAUCAAAUGAGUCUUCAUGGAGACCAAAGAAACCUGAGGCUCAAAGCUCUUCGCCCUGGAAAGAAAAUACCUCUGAGACUAAUGCUUGGCAGGGAAGCUCUGAAAAGAAACAAGAGACAGAUACAGCAAACGAGGCUUCAUGGACACCAAGGAAACCUGAGACUCAAAGCUCUUCACCUUGGAAAAAAGAUACAUCUGAGGAUAAUGCUUGGCAGACAAGCUCUGAAAAGAAACCGUGGACGGAUAAAACAAAUGAGUCUUCAUGGACACCAAGGAAACCCGAUACGCAAACCUCUUCGCCUUGGAAUGAAAAUUCCUCUGAGAAAAAAGGCUGGUCAACCAAUGGGGUUGAUAGUGUGCUGGGAGGUAAUGAGUCUGAAGUCAAAGCCUCUCCUGGUUGGAAUGAGGGUGGGGAAAAUCCAUGGACAGCGAAGACCCCUGAGGUUGAGACUCCAAAUGUUGCAUGGGGAGGGAGAGGAAAACAAGGAUGGAAAUCUCAAGGCCGGGGUUCCUCGAGUUUCUCUGAUCGUAGAGGUGGGAGAAACAAUUCUCCUAGACCUCCUGGUCCUGGCAGAUCCGAUGAUCGUGGAAGCUGGAGAAGAGCGGAAACAUUUACAACAGAGGAGGAAAAAAUUCUUGUUGAUAUUGAACCGAUUAUGAAUUCUAUUAGAAAAAUUCUUCGUGAAGCCAGUGAUGGUAACCGGGUGUCUCCAAUGGAUGAGAAAUUCAUUAUUGAAAAUGUCUUUGAGUACCAUCCUGAUAAGCAAACGAAAGUCGCUGAUGGACUGGACUAUAUCAUUGUGGACAAGCACAGUAAUUUCACAGGAACUAGAUGCUUCUAUGUUGUGUCCAAAGAUGGCUCCCGUGCUGAUUUCUCCUACAUCAAGUGCAUGGAGAACUUUAUCAAGGGCAGCUAUCCGGAUCUUGCUGAAUCUUUCAACCGAAAAUUUUUCAGGAGACGUCGUUCUGAGCAGCCUUCAAACAAUGAUGGGCAAAAACCCUCAAACAAUGAUGAGCAGAAACCCUCAAACAAUGAUGAGCAGAAUGCUGAGCCCCAAAACUAUGAUGAGCCGAAAUUCUUAAACAAUGAUGCGCAAAAUGUUGAGCCUUCAAACAAUGAUGGGCAAGCUUAAUUUUGUGUAUGUGAUUACAGUAGUAGUUGAUAUGUAUAUACUAACAUGUCAUUUUCAAUCAGCUGAAGGAAGUGGUUCCUGUGGUUUUCCUAGAAAAGUGUCUUAGAUCUCUGUAAAUAUGCAUUCAGAAAUGUUUAGCCGGGUUGCGAAGAUGCUGGUCAGUUGCACUUGAAUUUUUUUAUCGGCUGAUGGAAUACUGGACGUGAAAAUGAUCCUAUUCAAGCUUUUCCUUUGAAUAACUUGACCACUUGCGCUCGAGAAAUGAUACGAGUUAAAUGCCUUGUGAUUUAUUACUCAAUUUGCUGAUUCUGAGCUGCAGAUUCUAUUGAGAACUGUCCACAGUAACAUAACCUCCUCAUGUGGAAAAUAGUCCUACAGAGAGAGCCCGGAUUUUGAAUACUGUGAUUAUAAUGAUACAAUAUUCUGAAUAUUCUGAUUAAAAUUUUUUCACUUUA